AAGUAAAACCAAAGCUGAUUGUGGACUUCAGGAAGAGACAACAGGCAGCAGCUCUAUACUCCUUUCAUGAUUUGCGAAACCCCGGUGGAGAGGGUGAGCAGCUUCAAGUACUUUGGAGCUAACAUCUCCGAGGACCUUACUUGGAAUUCACACAUCCAAACUCAAGUAAAUAAUGAUUAGAUUAGAUUAUUUCUUUAUUGUCAUUUCUUCACAUGUUUCAAACAUACAAAGCAAUCGAAAUUACGUUUCUCUCCAUCCCACGGUGAAGACAAAGACAUAUAACAAACAUCAAAAAGUGUGCAAAUGGCAUGGUAGUGCAAACAAAAUCAAAAAGUGAAGACAAAGACAUUUAUUUACAAAAACAUAAAGCCACGCAAACACUGUACCAUCAGCGACAGCUGAGAAAAUUCAGAGUUUUACCAGCAAUCCUGAAAAUGUAACUCUUUGUAUCUCAGUGUGGGAUGGGAACAGCUCUAGUUAAGACUGCAAAUGCCAGCAGAGAGUUGUGCACUUAGCUGAGCGCAUCUAAGGGUUUGCUCGACCCGGUCUGCAUCACCUCUACCACAAACGCUGCAAAAGCAGAGCUGCUAAAAUCAUCAAGGAUUCCAACCACCCAGACGUGAUGAGAUCUGAAGCUCUGAAAAUCAGCCACGAUUUGGAUGUUCGGUCCACUGGCAAGAUGACCGAUGAAUGCAUCACAAUAGAGUCAGACGAGGAACCAAAUGAACUGCCACCACCUGAGUUUACAUGCCACUGUUGUUAUGAAGUCCUCGUAGAUCCCACUACUCUCAACUGUGGCCACAGUUUCUGUCGGCAUUGUGUGGCACAGUGGUUACAUUCUUCUCGAAAGAAUGAAUGCCCAGAAUGCAGACAGACAUGGCAGGGGUUUCCUAAAGUCAACAUUCUCCUCAGGGAUGCAGUGGAGAAGUUGUUUCCUGCUGAGGUAAGCAGACGAAAGAGGGUUGUCCAGAAGGACCCACAGUUUCGUUAUUUUCUCAAGAUAUUCCAGCAGUAUGGACAGAUGCUGACCCAAAACAUCCCUCUAUCAAAUGGCCUACAGCAAGCUACACGAAACAGCUUUUUUUUAGGAGUCAUGGUGACAUUGAUCUGCGUGGGGGUUUUUAUGCGGUAUCGGUCGAACAGUGCUGAUUCUGAUUAUGACAUCUUGGUCCAGAAGCCAAUCAGCAGGUGGAAUGCUGAUGAUGUCAAUCUUUGGGUGAAGCAUCUAGGUCCCUGGACCAAUCAGUACAGUGAAGUGUUCCACAGAGAACAAAUAAAUGGCAGUUUGUUGGCUCAUCUAAGAGAUGAAGAACUGUCUGCUGCUCCAUUCAGAGUUGAAAAUCCAUCACACAGACAAGUCAUGCUGGACGAAAUUCAAAAAAUCAGAGAGCUCAAAGUCAAACUGCCACAGAAUCUCUGGGAGUACAAGGCAACCAAUCCUGGAAAAAGCUUGUUCCUACAGUUUGGUCUGAGAGAAUUUCCACGUAUCACUUUUCUCUACUUGUACCUGUUUGAUUAUGAAGACACUUUUCUACCUUUCAUGCACACGUGCUGCCCUGCACACACAAACAAUUUAGUGCAGGAUGUCCCGCCCGACAACAUACUGCAGGAGCCAAGCUUGCGUCAGUGGAUGGAGUUUUGGGUGAAGGUCUGUCUGAUGCCCUAUCUGCUACUGAUUGACUUUGCGUGGAAUUGGCUGAGUGUUCAUUGUUGGAUAUCAUGGAUUGUCAUUGUAAACUCCAUAAUAAUGGCAGUAUUUGAGUUAUUUUAUAUCUGGACACUAUGGAGAAGAAAACAGAUGAGCACCCUCCCUAUGAGGCUUUUUUGGGAUAUGCUUCAUGUGUUCCUCUAUGUGCUGCUGUGGCCUUUGGUCCCUCAGAUCUUAUGUGAUUUUGAAUUCUACGGAGGACUCUUUUUCAGCUCAUUCGUUUGCAUCUGGUGUCGGAAACAUGUUUUUCAGAUGGCACAGCAAUGAUAACUAAAACAAGUUAAAAAAAUUUUCAAACAAGUUUAAACAUGAAGCGCUGAAAACUCUGGAGGAAAUUGAUCAUUACUUAUAACUAUAUGACAGCUAAAUGCAGGGGUGAUUCUAGGUUUUAUAUAAUUUUUGAAUUUUAGACUUUGAACAAUACUAACCUAAUACUAAGCAAUUCCACAAUUGUGUACAUUUACUUUCGUGUACUCAAAUAAAAAUACACUUUUUCAAGUGAACAUAACAUGACCAAAGUCACCAAACAUAACACCAUGGUUAACACCUGAAGCUCCGAAGCACCAGAAGGACAAAGCAUUUUAAAACACACUUGUGUUUUGGAUGACCUGUCUGACCAAUCAGAAGAAGUUAAGGGUUUCAGAAGGAGGGCUUUAUAGAGUUUGGAAGUAACAGCAUUACAGACAGACUGGGAAAAGAGGUGCUGCAAUAAUGUAAAAUCUGUGAAAAAUAUUCUAGUAUAUCGCAAAAAACAAAAUCGUUGUAAAUGCAAAUUUGUAAAUGUACAAUUUGCUAAUCUUUAUAAUUUUCUCACACUAUAAUUAAACUAUUUUAAUAGUAUUUCCUCUAAUUUAUGGCCACUUCAAUGUAAGCUAUAAUGGCAUAUCUGUCAUCUAAUCUAAGUUGACGUCACUUGUCAUCAUGCUAACUGACUAAAUGUCUUACAGUUUUAGAAAAAGUACAGGCUUACCGUUUUAGUAAGCUGUCUUGAUAUUGUCUCAUAAAGCAUAGGGAUGAGUACGAGCCUGACAAUUAUUUCUGACGUGUGGAUUUAUUUUGAAAUCGUUUGAUACAGUUAUCAUCAAAUUUAACUGUGGUUUUGAAUCGCUCCCGCCCUACUGUGAUGUCAUCCUCCACUUU